CCCCCACGAAUACCCCACAGUAUCCCACUAUCAACAUUUGCCCCCACCCGCCUCAGCGAAGCUUCUUCGAAGCGUCAUUCACCACACGCUGAAUUUAAACUUAUCCUUUACCACCUAGAAACGUAGCGUUGUAAAAACAAAUUAUGCCUCCUAAAGAAGAUUGGGAAAAGUACAAACGCCCUGUUGACGAAGAGGAAAAGGAUGAGAACAAUCCUCCUCCUUUGGACGAGAAUGACAUUGCGUUGCUGAAAACAUAUGGUGCCGGACCUUACGGUAGCGCGUUGAAAGAGAUCGAGAAGGACACAAAAGCUGUUUUGAAGCGGAUUAAUGACACUGUUGGAAUUAAAGAGUCAGAUACCGGUCUCGCACCACUUGCGUACUGGGAUGUCGCAGCAGAUCGUCAAAGAAUGAGCGAAGAACAGCCUCUCCAAGUCGCUCGUUGCACAAAAAUUAUAGAAAACGAACAAGAACCAGAAAAAUCCGCAUAUCUGAUUAAUAUGAAGCAAAUAGCUAAGUUUGUUGUCAGUCUGGGAGAGCGUGUUAGUCCCACCGACAUCGAGGAAGGAAUGCGUGUGGGAUGUGAUCGCACAAAGUAUUCUAUUCAGUUACCUCUUCCUCCAAAAAUUGAUCCCUCUGUGACGAUGAUGCAAGUUGAGGAGAAGCCCGAUGUCACCUACGGUGAUGUCGGUGGCUGUAAAGAACAAAUUGAACGUCUUCGUGAAGUUGUUGAACUUCCGCUACUUUCGCCCGAGCGCUUCGUUAAACUUGGCAUCGAUCCACCAAAAGGUAUUAUGUUGUACGGUCCUCCCGGUACAGGAAAAACACUCUGUGCUCGUGCCGUCGCUAAUCGGACGGAUGCCACAUUUAUUCGUGUCAUCGGUUCGGAACUUGUUCAGAAGUACGUCGGUGAAGGCGCUCGUAUGGUGCGUGAACUCUUCGAGAUGGCUCGUACCAAAAAGGCUUGUAUUAUUUUCUUUGAUGAAGUCGAUGCAAUCGGUGGUGCCCGUUUCGAUGACGGUGCCGGAGGUGAUAAUGAAGUGCAACGGACAAUGCUUGAACUAAUUACCCAACUUGACGGUUUCGACCCCCGUGGAAACAUUAAAGUUUUGUUCGCAACAAAUAGACCUAAUACCCUGGAUGCCGCACUCUUGCGUCCUGGCCGUAUUGAUCGAAAAGUCGAAUUCGGCCUGCCUGAUUUGGAAGGCAGAGCACAUAUCCUUAAAAUUCACGCUAAAAGUAUGGCUAUUGAUAAAGAUAUUCGUUGGGAGCUUAUUUCUCGUUUAUGCCCCUCGCAAACUGGAGCCGAGCUUCGCUCUGUUUGUACCGAAGCCGGUAUGUUUGCCAUCCGUGCAAGAAGGAGAGUUGCUACUGAGAAGGAUUUCCUUGACGCCGUGCAGAAGGUCGUUAAAGGAAACCAAAAAUUCAGUAGUACUGCUGAUUACAUGAACAUGAGUUCUUAGUCAAGGAUUUUUUAAUGAAAGCAAUUCACCUUUACCUAUCCAAUUACUAUGCUCACCAGAUACACAGCUGUCUUAACUGUAGACUGUACAAUGUAAUCAAUUAAUUA